AUGUCUUGGAGAAGGUUUCUCCUUCAUCUUCCACUUCUUGUGAUCCUCCUAUUCCUACCUUGCCUAACAGAAGCAUAUGACGUACGUGCCCCUUCAUCUUGUGGCAAUAUUCUAAAUAUCAGCCACCCUUUUUGGCUAGAAAGUGAUCCUCAAAACUGUGGAGAACCUGAAUAUCAACUGCACUGUGUGAACAAUCAAACAAUACUAAAUCUAUACAAUGGAAAAUACAUUGUACAGGCCAUCAACUACAAUAAGUCCACAAUAAGGGUCACAGAUUCUGGUGUCAUAAAAGACGAUUGCUCUUCCAUUCCUCAAUAUACUUUAACAUAUCACAACUUCACCAAUAUUGGACAACCUUAUAGCUUGUUGUCUGGCAGUAACCCAGAUGUCAUAGCAUUUAUGAGCUGUACAGCCGAAGUUAUUUCUCCUAUUUACAUGGAUACUGCAUCUUGUAUCAAAGGGUUCAACUCUUCCAAUUCUUCUUUAAUUUCUUCCACGAAGUACACUUAUGCUGUACUAGGUGACUUGACGAUAUCAGAGUUGAAGGACUCAUGCAGCAUAAUUGUCAUGGCUAUGACUUCAAAUAUUGACAGUGGUGACCAGGACCUUUCAUAUGGGAAUAUCCACCAGCAACUGGUUGUCGCUACAUGCUCGUUUCCUUCGUCGUUAUCGUUGGAGUAA